AAACUGCUUGCCCUGGUUCUGGUAUGACGAAUUUAUUCUGCGACAUCUCAUUGAACGGUACAAUGCCGUUCGUUUGAUGUUAGCCAGCAAGCUACUGUUUUCUGUUAUUUUUGUGUAUGCAGCACGUCAAACUGGACUGUUUUCUUAUCUCAAGUUGGUCUCGCCCACAGGAUGAUUGACACAGAGAGGGGAGCUGGUGAUGCUGGCAUCACAGAACCCAGCAGUAAGAACAAGGAGACAGAAAAAAAGAAGAGGUCCCGUGUCAAACAGCUGCUGGGUGAUGUGAAGAAGCAAGUGGAGUUCUGGUUCGGAGAUGUCAACCUUCACAAGGACCGCUUUCUGAGAAAACUCAUCGAUGACUCAGAUGAUGGAUAUGUUGAUAUAUCUGUGUUGGCGGACUUCAAUCGAAUGAAGAAGCUGACAACUGACACCAAGCUGAUUGCGAGAGCGCUGAAAAAUUCAUCUGUAGUUGAGGUUAACCUAGAGGGAAAUAAAGUAAGGCGUCAGCUUCCAAUUGGAGACAUACCAAAUAAUGUUGACAGCCGCACAGUCUAUGUGGAACUUUUGCCCAAGGAUGUGACACACAGCUGGAUAGAGAGAGUGUUCACAAAAUGCGGGAAUGUGGUUUAUGUUAGCAUCCCCAGAUACAAGUCCUCUGGGGACUCCAAGGGUUUUGCCUUUGUAGAGUUUGAGAAAGAGGAAGACGCACAGAAAGCAAUAGAGAUGCUGAACAAUCCCCCUGAAGAUGCUCCUAGGAAACCUGGGAUUUUCCCCAAGACGAAAAGUAGGAAGCCCAUUCCUCUGCCAGGUGACAACCCACCAUCAGGUGAAGAAGAGGAGAAGAAAAAGCGGAAGAAGAAGAAAAAGAAAGAAGGUGCCACAGUACAGACUCCUGCUGAUGAAGCCAAAGAGCAGGCAAUGGAAGCAGAGCCGUCAGAGCAAAAGAGGAAACGCUCAGCAACAGCAGAUUUUGAACCAGAGGUUGCUGGCACUCAGAAGGCACCAGGAAAACUGUCGGAGAAAAAAAGGCGACGGUCACAGACAGCAGAGGGAUCUGAAAGUGAAGUCCCCUCUAAAAUAAGAAAAAUGAGUGAAAGUGAAGCUGGAGAGAAGGCGAAAGGUGUAACAAAGACUAAUCCGCCGAUUGAAGGUGUCACAGAGAGCGGUGUUGAGGAAGGGAAAGAAAACAGAGAUGAUUCAACAGUGAAAGCAAAGAGGAAGAGAAAGAAGAAACACAAGGAAAAACUGAAAAUCGAGGAGGAAGUCAUCCCACUCCGGGUCCUUUCAAAGAAAGAGUGGCUUGAGUUGAAGGAUGAGUAUCUGACCUUGCAGAAGCGCAGCAUGACGUCCCUGAAGAAGUGCAUUAACAAGAUUGAUCAUAAGGAGCACAAGAGUCUUAUGGAGACAGACAAUGAUCCUAAAGAUGGAAACAUGGAAAAGAGAAACAAAAGUGAGAAAGCGACUAACCAAGGCCCUCAGUUUACCAGUGGUGUCAUCAUGAAGAUUACAGACAACAAGCAGCUUCCAGGGAGGAAGAUCAUCAAAGAUGCUCUGUGCAAAAUAUCACCAGUGGCGUACAUCGACAUCUUGGAAGGAGAUGCCGAGGGUCACAUCCGCUUUCACACCCCAGAGGAAGCUAAAGCCGUUAGUGACGCGAGAGCAGAGCUACAGAAAGAGUACAGCUGGAAGCUUGAGAUUCUGUCAGGUGACCAUGAACAAAGGUACUGGCAGAAGAUCCUAGUGGACCGCCAAGUCAAGCUGAAUCGUCCGAGGGAAAAGAAGCGGGGCACAGAGAAGCUCAUAUCCAAAGCCGAAAAAAUCAUCCUUGCCAGGGCCAGGGAGGCUACUAAGCACAUCCGUUUCCAAGAAGACUGACAGCUGCUGAAACUAGGCUUUGACAACCAUACAUGUUUAACUGUGUAGACUUUACACGAUGUGAUUUGAAGGGGACAGUUAGUGGUAAUACUUAGCUGGAAGAGAACUGGAGGCUUGAACAAGCGUAAACUAGUUAAAAUUUCCCCUUAUUUUUUUGUUUACACUGGAGCUCCCAAGAUGACGUGGGAUUUUGGCUUUCUUUUUUUUAAAUAGGCUUUUUUUCUAAAAAAAAAAAAAAAAGAUUCUGUAUAUGAUGUAAAUAUGAUUGAUUUGAAUGUUCUCCCAGUCAAGACGUGGACAAGUCAUGGCAUUACAAAAAGAUAUUUGCCUUUUUGUUUUUUAAUAAAAUGUCAUUAUUUGAUUAUUA